UGUCCGUUUAUAAAUCACGAUGGCUUAUUGAAAAUCUAUCUUAGUGAUAAGCUCCCGAGCAAACAGGCAGGAGGUGUUUGUCGAGAUUGACAUGGCUCCGCGGUGACAACUGGAGUGUUUUUACACCUCCUUUCUAAAUAAGGCAGCGGCCCGUCAAGCAUAUGACCACCGGUCCAAUUUGGGAGCUGCCAAAGAGUCCAUCACGUCCCCUUCUCUCCUGUGAGAUCUCACUCUCCCCCGGGCUCCUCGAAUACCGCUGCUGCUGCAUACGAAGCGCGCAUCGAUCGCGGCCACUUUCCACAUCAAAGAGUCAACGGUCCGGCGGGCAGCACUGAGAUGUCAUCGUGAUGUCAUCCCGCGGGUGGGUGACGUCAUCGUGAAGGUCUCCCCGGCAAGGUGAGCUUGCAUUUUUGGCGAGUGUGUGUGGUGCUCCCCACGCCAGCGUUUGGCCACCGAGAGAGGUGAAACAUGGUCAUCAUCGCCACCAGCUCAAGCUCCGCCGCCCUGCACUUCUCAUCUACCGAGGGGCUUAUUGCGUUACACGCCCGCAGCCCCGACCUGCCUUCCAAAAAUAAGCCCCUGCCACCAUGCCGAAAGAAGAAAAACAAGAGUGGUAUUUUUAGGGUCAUUAAUUUUGACCACGUGCCCCGAGGGUAAACCGGAUGGCCACUGCGCAAAGGCUCCUCACCAGUAUGUGCGAGACCAGCAGGCGCUGGACUGCGUUUCUUCUGCUUGGCUUUCUGCUUGGGAUCGCGUACUCCUACCCCAUCUCGAACAGGACUAAUGCAACCCCACUGGAGAAAAGGUGGGAGACGCUGUUCUCCCGAUCCGUUUUGGGGAUCUCGAUGGAGAAAUCGGAGCUGAACUGGGAGAAUGAUUAUUUGAUGGGUAUUAAGAGAGUGCGGAGGCUGUACUGCAACGUGGGCAUCGGGUUUCACCUGCAGGUCCUCCCAGAUGGAAAGAUCAGCGGUGUACAUAAUGAGAACCAGUACAGUCUGAUAGAAAUCUCAACUGUAGAGAGAGGGGUGAUAAGUCUGUAUGGCGUGAAGAGCGAGCUGUUUGUCGCGAUGAGCAGCCGCGGAUGGUUGUACGGAACGAGGGUCUUCCGUGACGAGUGCAAGUUCAAGGAGACGCUGCUGCCCAACAAUUACAACGCAUACGAGUCUUCCAUUUACAAGGGCUUUUACAUCGCCCUCAGCAAACAUGGCCGCUUGAAGCGAGGCUACAAGGCCUCCCCAGCAAUGACUGUCACACAUUUCCUUCCACGUUUAUGAGCGGAACUGGCAAUAACACAAUAAUUUGCACAUGUCGGAUGUUCUGGUGGGGAACCUAAACUUAAGGUUUAUCGCAAAGAACAAAUAAUAACACUUACAGUAUUUAUUCUCGUUGAAAUGGUAAUAUAUGUAUAUUUCGGUAGCUUACUUUGUCUCUGAACUUUGUGUAAAUGCCAUUAUUUGCUGCUUAUGGUUUCUGUUAUGACUAUGUGAGAGUCGAGGUGCUUUAUGGGUGCUUGGUGUGAACUUUAGCCUGUCAUAGGAGCGAGCAACAUCCUCAGCUUUUAAUAGUGAAACGAAUACUUUUUAUUAUACCUCAAAGAGCCACUGAAAAGAGUUACGAGGAAAGAAUCUGUAUGCCACCAUUUAAGAUGAAAGCACUUAUUUUCUGCAUUUAUUCCUGUUUUAUGAUUCGGUGGUGCCUUAGUUACUGAUUUUUCGACUCGUUUUAUUUGUAUGCAAUGAAGACAUGCCACUGUUUUGACUUUAUAGGUCUAUCAAUCAGUCUGGCAGGCUGUAACCUCAGUUAAGAUUAGUUUGUGUUCUAUAUUUAUAUCGGACGACUUGCAUGGAUCUUUAUUGGUACCCAGAAAAACGUUUACAGUUUAUCUGGUAUGCAUUUGAACUCUUUAAUCUUUUACAUUUUGUCAUAAAUACCUUUUCAUUUUCUGGUCCUUGGCGGCAGUGACUGAUAUCCAGUUAGGUGUUAGCAAUUUGAUCUCACCAACAUGCUGACUGCAUACUUGAACUUUGCCUCAAAGAUCUUUGGAAUGUAAAAACCAAUGUGAAAACUGUCUUAAUGUCUUUAAGACAACCUCAUUAUUCAUGCUUAAAUACCCAAACACCUGAUUUCAAACAGAUUUCUUCUGUAUUUUUACGCAUUCCCAUUCGCUAGCAUACACAGUAUGCCCAUUUCACAAAUUUUAAAGGAACAAGCCCACAUUUUGGGAAUUUAGCUUAUUCACUGUA